AUGGCACGCUCACUCGCUCUCUCCGGCCUGGCCCUUCUGCCAUUGAUCGCAGCCCAGCAAAUCGGCAAGGUACCUGAAGUCCACCCUCAACUGCCAUCACAAUACUGCACCAAGCGAGGUGGAUGCAGAACAGUCCAGACAUCGGUUGUGAUCGAUGCACUCUCCCACCCCAUUCUCCAAAGCAACGGGGCCUCCUGCGAGAACUCCACCGGCUUCCCAGACCCAUCCGUCUGCUCCACUGAACAGUCCUGUGCGAAGAAUUGCGCCAUCGAGGGGAUCAACUAUGCCGCUCACGGCAUCAACGCUCACGGCAGCUCGCUCACGCUCCACCAGUACCUGAACGUGAACGGGACCGAGGAGAGCGUCUCGCCCCGUGUCUACCUUCUCGACCCAAGCGGCAAGAACUACCAGCUUAUGAAGCUCCUAAACCAGGAAGUGACCUUUACGGUCGACGUCUCGAACUUGCCUUGCGGCAUGAACGGCGCCCUAUACAUGUCAGCCAUGGACGCCGACGGUGGCCGGGGCCCACUCAACCCAGCUGGCGCUCAAUACGGGACCGGGUAUUGCGACGCUCAGUGCUUCGACACAGCCUGGAUCAACGGUGUCGCCAACGUCAAGGGCUAUGGCGCCUGCUGCCAGGAGAUGGAUCUCUGGGAAGCCAAUGCCCGCUCUACUCAGCUCACACCCCACGCCUGCAACGUCACCGGACUCUACGAGUGCUCAGGCGCUCUGUGCGGCGCCAACGGUGUCUGCGAUAAGUCUGGUUGCGGCAUCAACCCUUACCGCGGCAACAAGAACUACUACGGCUACCAUGAUAUCGUCGAUACGACGCAGCCAUUCACUGUUGUAACACAAUUCCACACAGACUCCGGUACCGCGAACGGCAAUCUGAACAAGAUCACCAGGCUUUAUGUGCAGAAUGGCAAGGUUAUUCAGAACCAGGCUGUCAACUACACUGACACCAAGAGCACGAACGCCAUCACUAACGACUACUGUAAUGCCACAGCUCCAGUCUUUCAGACCGAGGGCGGCCUUAAGCAGAUGGGCAAGUCUCUUCAGUCCGGCAUGGUUUUCAUCAUGUCCAUCUGGAACGACCAAGGCGGUAACAUGACCUGGCUCGACACUGGUAGCGCUGGCCCUUGCACCGCCGAAGAGAGCGGCCCAGCCGUCAUCGUCAAGAACGAUCCCUCGACCAGCGUGGUCUUCUCCAACAUCAAAUGGGGUGACAUCGACAGCACCUACGAGGACUGCAGGUGGUAA